CCAUUUUCCCUCUGUUUUUGUCACAGGAAGAUGACUUCACCAUUUAUCAUCCCACCCAUAAAGCUCUGAUCAGCUCCAUUGUUUCUCCAACAAGGAAACAGCCAUUAACACCAGACCUAUUUCAAUCUCUGAUUCUGGACCCCAAAACUGUAUUUUCACAUGAGGAUUUUUCUGUUUGAGUUUGUCCACAUGAGGGCGCUGUACACCAAAAGAAGCUCAAUGGGCAUGAAGACAGCUGCCUCAACACUCCCGCAGAUGAAGUUUGAUAGAGACAGUAACUUGCAAGAUGGAGAGAAUGGUUUAUAAGCUGGAGGUUGAGUGAUGCUCGGUCAUCCCGGUGGCCCUGAUGAUUCAAUCCAGAUUUGUGUUUUAUUUUGCCCGUGGCUGCUUGUUGUUCUCUCACUGUUACAUGCAGGAUGAGAUAAGCCUCUUAGCCGAGAGAGAGCAUGUCACCCCCUCAGAAACAUCCUCUGUUUCUCAGGGCUUCAGGUUUGCCUCAAUACAGGACAAAAAUAUUAUAACUCAUAGGAGUUAUUGCACAGAUUGGAUUAGUUUACUACUGUUAUUGAGCAGUUGUAAUGGUAAUGGCUUUAAUAACAAAAUGUUACUGAUUUUGAUUGUUUAAUGGGUAAAACUGUGACAAAUAAUAAUAAUAAUAAGCCAGUUAUAAAUGAGAUAAUGUCAGUGUUUAGAGUAACUUUCUCUACAUUGAUGUCUGAAGGGAGCAGAUUUGAUUCUUUUGGACAUUUACUGACAUUUUCAGUUUUCCCAGUUGACAAAUUUGCUAAUCUUUUGAAGCAUUUGAACUUUUUUCUCCUCCAUGUUAGUUUAAAAGUUGAAUACUUUACCUACUAUACCUUAGGCACAGGCCAUUAGUGAGAGUUCUCCAUGCAUCCCUGCCUUGGACCAACCUCUCCAGCUGUCCCCAGCCUAAGUCCUCCUGAUGGAGGUCCAUCUUUUCUCAGGUUUCUUGGUUUACUCAGGUUUUACAGGGAUAGUGAGCUAGCCAUUUGCCCAAACCUCCUCUUUUCUGAUCCAGGCUUGGGGCCGCCAGUGGCAGAGUUGAAUAACAAAUAAGUAGAAGAAAUAAAAUAAUAAGUAAAUACCCAAAACUUCUGAUCCCAGAGAAUGAAUCGUCAUCGUGGUGAUAUUUCAACUUUCCCUCCAGUGCCAGCAGCAGACUGAUGUUUUAAUUAGUCCAAUACAUGAUGGAAAACAGAGCCUAGAGUGCACAGAAGGAGCGUGGGGAAAAGAAACAACUAAAACAUGAAUCCAGCCGGAAAAGAUCAGAUCCAUCCAUUUAGUUCCCUUUUGCACGUUUUUAAAACCUGGAGGAGGUGUGACCAUAUAUUUUUAUAAGGUACACAUCCAGUCUAUAAAAUACAGUCAAUGAAUGUAAUUUGGGUGAACUGACCCUUUAAUAUGGAAAGUUCCAGGGUUGUUUUGUGAUAGUAGUUUUUGGUUUUAGAGUUAAAAUUAACAGAGAUAAGAGACAAAAAUUUGGAAGGAGGGAGGGAGGGAGGGCUGAGGGAAGAAUAGAGGCAGUAGAGUAUGAAAUAGAGUGAGAGAGAUAGAAAACAGAGAUGUGGAGAGGGAGGGAGGAUAAAUGAAGCGGGAGGGUGAUGAAACGGAUUUAGAGACAGAAAGCGGCCGGUGUUUCAGCUUAACAGUUUCUCAGCAGCAGGCGAACAGCGUCGCCUCCACCUCUCUCCUCCUCCUUCAUCCUCCAUCCACCCAUUCUCCUCUCUCUCUCUCUCUCCCUCCCUCCCUCCUCCUCCUCUUCUCCCUCUCCAUGCCGGCGGAGGUUUCCGCGGGGCUGCCAUGGCGAAGAUCCGGGUGUCGUACGAGUACUCCGAGGCCGAGGACAAGAGCAUCAGGCUGGGGUUGUUCCUGAUCGCCUGCGGGAUCCUCAGCCUCUUCAUCCUGGGCUUCUGCUGGCUCAGCCCGACCCUGCAGAGCCUCCAGAGCAAGCCGGCCAACUGCACGGUGGUGUCAGUGUUGCGUCCGGAGGAGAUGUUCGAGUGUGUGUUUACAUGCGGAGCAGACUGUAAGGGGACGUCCCUCUAUCCCUGUCUGCAGAUUUUCGUUAACAACUCGGAGUCAAACUCUGUGGCUCUGCUGCACUUUGACGAGCAACAGCUGGUCCUCAACCCAAAGUGUUCAUAUGUCCCUCCCUGUGAGAGGGACAACCAGAAGAACAGAGACAGUGUUUUGUGGUGGGAGGACUACUUCACCAAAGAGGUCAGCAGCCAGUCCUUCACCUGCUUCUUCAACCAGCAGAGGAGGCCUGAUGAUGUGUUGUGGCGCCGGUCCCAUGACACCAGCGUCUUGCUGCACUGCGUCCUCUGGCCAAUGGUGUCGCUCCUUCUGGGCACGCUCAUCGUGCUCCUAACGGUGUGUGCUCGCUCCCUUGCUGUUCGAGCUGAGGCCCUCCAGAAGAGGAAAUGCUCUUACGAAGUUUGCCAAGACCUGUCUGGUGUACCCUCAGAUCGCCGUGGCAACAAGACCGGGGACCCCCUCUCGACGAACUCUGACCCCGAGCUGUCGUCGCCGUCAAGGACCCUGCCGUUGUUUGCAGUACCGGUGCGGCGCCGUGAUCGAGAACAUUAAGACAGAACAGAGAGCUCUUUCACAACAUGAAAUCUAAUCUUUUAGGAUGCUAAUGAGCUGGUGAGCGAAAUCCUGGCUGAGGAUGCCACCGAUGACCCACUGAAGCCUGGUGUGUUUUUUAUCAUCAAGGAACGAGGUGAAUAUGGCAAGAGGACGAGGGGAAAUCCACCCCGUUGCCUAUAGAUUUCAACAGAAAUACUGUAGAGAACUAUCAGCACAUUUCCUCUGAUUUUAACUGAACUGGAUCAGUGGGGGCUCUCAGAUGUUGCUGAGUUGAAUCUUCUGAUAAUAAUCAGCAUUUCCUCUGUGCUAGAGUCAUUAUGAAUGGUUAUUUAAAUGACGCUAGUGCUGUGAUAGAUGAUACACUGGCAGGAAAACUGAAUCAGAUUCAAAUUUCAAACAUAAGGAUUGACACUUGGAACUCAACUGCUCUUAAUUGUAGCUCUUCUAUUAAUGUAGUUUUUCCUUCAAGUCCCAGUAGCCAUAAAUGUGUCUAAAUAGAGAGCCAAAGUCUCCGCCUUCGGGUUAGUCUGUGCUCCUCGACCUUGUGUGACUCAAUGCAGUUUUUCACUGAACGUGUUCCUUGGCUUUACUCUCCAUAUUCUGUGAUGUCUGCGUGUCUACUGUAGCACAUUGAUCCAAACCGCCCAGUUAAUUGGUUAGCACUGAAAAAACUAUAGUUCCCGUUAAGUUCUACCAGCACGAAGCACCGCAAAAUACACCAUAGUAAAUGUUGCUUUCUUGUGUAUCCAUAUCGUCCUCCAACUUUCUCUUCUAAUGUCGUCUUUCCAAAAUUUCAGGUUUAUUCUGUGCUGUUUAAGGUCAUUUAUAUACCUGCAAAGUCAGCAUUAUUAUUCACAUGCUUGUGUACUUUAUAUUUAUCUGGAGGAUUAUGUAGUAUAACCACUAAGGGGCAAAUUAGGGCCACAUCAUUCCUGGCCAAACACUCAAUAUGAUCGCUGUGAACUUUAGCUUUUGCACAACAUAAACAGAAAUGGCUACACUAGAGGAGGCUAUAAUAUUGUUGAUGUCAAGAUCUUGGGGGAGAAAACAGCAGCAUCGACGUCAUAGAUAACGAUGUCAGGUAUACUGCCCCCAGUGGUGAUGUGCUACAUUGCAUCUCACAGACGUGGACACAUUAAUUUCUGCGGACAUGCAAGGGCAGGAUACAUGAAGUAGCUUUGAUGCAAACAUGUAGUUAAAAGUAAAUAUAUCAGCAGCUUAAAAAUCGUCUACAAACUCUCCUGAUAUUACUGUAGUUACAUCCUGUAUUUGUACAAUUUUGGAGGGGGACAUUUUCUUGUUUAAUGUUCAACAAAUUGCUACAUGGUACUCCUAAACACAAGGUGACCAGGACCCUUUAAAGCCAUGAAAACUAGUCAGGGCAACUCAGCUGGUCUCAUUCUGUCAGGUUUCAACCAGCAAAGAUCUGAGGUUUCAGGAACGAUUCAUUAAAGGGUACUAACAAUAUAAAUAUCAAAUAAACAAUUAUAUUAAAAUGAUACAUAUAUUUUUAUGUGAAGUUAAAUACCCGACAAACUAUUUAGUAAACUUAUGCUGUAGAGCUGGAUUUGUAAUAAUGGGUUACAAAUACAGAUGAGUUAUUUCAGUUCACAAGAAAGAUAAAUUUACUUUAUCAUUUAUUAUUUAUUUUACUUUCCAAUUUAUAGUUUAUAGUUUGCUGGCUCUAUUUAUAAAAACAAGAUAACAAAGAAAUCAAUGAGACAAUCACACAGAGGGCACAAAUGGUACAUCCAAUGUAAAGACUAGUUCCUCGUACAGUGUUAAAUGAUUUAUGUGUUAACCUGUUGACAGCAUCUUAAUAAUAGUAAGUCUCCCAAAGUGGAAAUACUUGAAGUAGAAAUACCUUGAAAUUACUUGUAGAUAUAAUACUUAAGUAAAGUACUUAGGUACUUCGUAGCACUGGAAAAACAGAAAAGGGCCAAGUAAAGAGCCAGUCAAAGUUAAAUGGUAGGAUAUUUUUAAAUCAAUGAUUGGAGGUAAUUUUAAAUAAUUGAACUUACUUUAUUAUUUAUUUAUGUAUUCAAAUACACUGUAGACUCAUCAGAGGGCCCAUUAGUGGCUCCUGUUGCUUCUGGGACUCCAAAGUGCUUCCUCCUUAACGAUGUGAGAGCUGUUUGAACCAUGACGGGUGUUUGCAAACAGCAGGAACGAACCACAGGCACAGCGGAGGCAAUCGCAGCAAAUGUUAGACAGAAAAUUUCCUUAGAAAAAUGAUGUCUAUGUGUUCUGGUAUAUAAGGGGCCAGAAAUAUCACAGUGCUCUGACAUCAAUAAAUCCAUUAGUUUCCACGUUAAAGGAUUGAGAAAGAGACUGAGCUGGAAAACGAGUGGUGGUCAACAUCAGUUGAUGCAGCCAAUCAGAAUGGUUCGAUUAAAGACCAGAAAUGUAGAUUUUUUUUAUUAUUAGAAAGGAAUAUAAGGGUGUUGUGCUCUAAAUUUUGUGUUUCCCCAAAGGAACAGACUUAAGCAGUCUUUAAUAUACCAUAUAAAGUUAAAAAUGCUAUCCCAGUUCUCUAGCCAGGCUUCCAUCCACAUGUAGCUCAAAUUCUAACAGAAUGUUGAGAAAUUUAGCAAAAGAAGAUGCAAAUUAAUGUACGUUUCCAUCCACUACUAUUAUGCAAAUAUUAGGAGUUAUUAAACUGCUGCAGAAGAAGACACAAUGAGAUGAGGUUAUUGAAAGAGUUCCAGUCAAAAGUCAAACGAUGGAAAACCAUCAUUGGAAAUCUUAUCAGUUCCAUUGAUAAGUCACAUUUGAGUCACAUGCUUCAUGUGCAUCAAUGUUUAUUUGUAAGACUGUUCCCGUUUGACUUUGUCGUGUUUUGCUUUACUCAAUAUACCAACUUUUCCAAAUCAUUUUUGUGAUAUUUUGUUUAAUUUUCAUCAUUUCUACUCAGGUUUUUUACACAUCGACAAUGUGCAUAAAAACAGGUGGCUCUAAACCCAUCUAUUGGCUCUCACAAGUAUUCUCUUACCCAUGUUUUGACUUCACAUAAGUGAAAGAUGACAGCUGUGCUGUGAUUUUGUUUGUAUUUAAUUGUAAAAUGAGCACUCAGAGUUAGUCAAAGUUAGAAGCUUGUUCAGGACAAUGUCAGUCAGCUGAAUGAGACUCAUAGAAAGGUGUGCCUGUGGAGGGAAAGCCCAACCUCAAGGUCAGGGAGCAAAAUGCUCUUCUACACAAAGCAGCUAAAGCUUUUCCAAAAGUUGCUAAAAGGGUCCGAAAAGUCAGAUUAGUAAAAUGUUUGUGCCAGUUCAUUCAAAGAGCAGCGGCCAGUGGGGAAACUCAAACACUUGGCUGGGCGACCAAUGGUGUAACUUCAUCAGUCAGAUAGUCAGUCAGUCAAUAAUGGACAUUUGUGUUUUUAAGGCACGCUGUUGCAGUCCAGUCCAGGUGACCAAGACUGAGGUAGGAAAAAUGUCUUUGUACAACACAUAUCACAUCCACCUGCAGGUAUGGAUUUGGAUAAUAAGUCCUUCUAUCUAAAUCUAUAAAUCUAAAGAACUGAAGCAUUAGACUCAAGACUGAGUGUAAGGAAACAGGACGUUGUAGCAGAGCUACAGCCCGAUCUCUGAAUGUUAAGCAGACAGGCUGUAGUUCAGUAAACACUGGGGAAGAGGACAUGACAGCUCCAGGAUAAAAACAACACAUGGCCGGUGCCUCGAGGCCUUUCAAACGUUGCCUUCAGCUGUAAUGAGGACAAAAUCUAGACCAUGUGAAUAAAGUAGGGUGAUUUUGUGAAUCCCUAUAGUGCAGAUGGUUCAUGGGUAAAAUCAUAUUCUACUCAGUUUUUACCCUGCUUAGAUAUUUAGGAAAACUGCUUGAGUGACCAAAGUAAAAAAAACAGGAGAGUCAAGUUUAAAUUUAAAUCUGGCAGUGCUUUCUUUUUUUUUUUCUUUUUUCUUUUUUUUGCAGUGGUUUCAAUCUGGACCAUUUGCUUUGAUAAAAUCGGUGGUGGUUUGUGUUUAUAAUCACCAUGAAUUCAGUGUUUUGUAGCAGUGAGGACAAGAGUUUCAGCUCCACUGUUGGUUGUCUGCUUUUAAGUACUUACCUCUGUUGGUGUCUAGAUAUACAGUAAGGUCACAUGACUAUGUUUUUGUUUGUUUGUUUCAAAGGCUGAAUUUGAGGCUAAAUUAUUUUUCUGUUAUAACAGAGCUGCCAUCACCAAACAUGAUUAAUCUUGUAUCAGAGGGAGUUUUUCAUCUUCAAGUGUUUGUCUCCAAAUUUCUACCACCACCUUUCCAACAUGCCCGACAGUCUAAAAAUUACCUUGCAUGAAGCUACACGUUGCUU